AUGGAAGCGCUUGUGUCGGAGACGCGGCCAGACGGAGCCGACGCGUUUCUUUUCAAGCAGCUGGUGGCUCUUAAGCAGGAUGUGAUGCGCACUGCAGCGAGUAUGAAGAAGCGUAAGCCGCAAGCAACGUUGGAUCUGGAGGCUAAGUACCGGCACUACGAUAAGAUGGUGAUGCUCGCGGAAGAAGCGGUGCUCACCGGCCGACUUCCCAGCCUCGUAGCCUCGGCAGGUACCGAACGUGUUGUUGCCGAACCUUGCGCCGAGCCUGCGGAAGUCGAGAAUUUCUCAGGCGUAACGGUUGGUGAGGAGACGGGCGGGUUGAACGCUGCUGAAGCGGUUUCUACUGCAACUGAUGGUGGAAAUGGCGAGGAUGCAUCCACAGCAGCAGCUGCGGCCGCAGUCGCUGCCACAGCGGUCGUCGCAGCAGCAGCUGGCGCAGCAGCCGCGGGAGCAGCAACCGCCGUUUCAACCCCUGCCGCUGAAGCCGCUGCUGCGAAGCCCGUUAGUGUCACAUCCGCCAGCCCCGACUCCACGCUCGCCGCUGCCGUCACAGAGAGCCCCGCGGCGGCGACCGUCGGAAGCCCCCCGGCGCGGAGGGCCGUGAGGAGCCUCUCCCCUCCCCCGGGGCCGUCCGCGCGUGCCGUGUCGUUCGGAAAGGACGUGGGCGGUGCCGCGGAGACCAGAACGAACGCUGGCGGGAAGGGGAAGGACGGAAAGGGAUCGCAUUCUACCGCCAUGUCAAAAGUCGCGAGCAUGCCACAAUCGUCCCUGAAGCCCAUUGAAGAGGCAACAGCCGGGCUCGAAAUCGACCCCAAGCUGCUCACUGUGCUGGAGGAGGCAGCGCAGGACCGGCGCCAGGAGCUCGACUUGCAGGGCCACCACUUCAAAUCCCCGCUCGCGUACCUCCCCGAAUCCGUGGGGCUUUUAGACUGGAUCGUGGAGCUUCGCCUGGCGAACAACGGCCUGGUGGUUCUCCCCCAGGCCAUUGGAAAUCUCUUCUGCCUCUCGGUGCUCGACGCUUCCUGCAACAAACUUGUCGAGGUGCCCGAGUCCAUCGGGCAUCUGGCGAAACUCCGAGUGCUGGAUCUGCACCACAACUACCUGGAGGAGCUCCCCACGUCCAUCGGCCACUGCGAGGCUCUAGAGGAGCUCAGACUUGGGUUCAACUCCCUUACUGGGCUUCCGGAGGCGAUCUGCAAGCUGUCGGAGCUGAAGCUGCUGUCUGCGCCGCUGAACCAGCUGACUUAUGUGCCGCGGCGGAUUGGGAAUCUGGAGAAGCUGACGGAUCUGGACGUGCAUUACAACUCGCUGCAGUCCAUUCCCGAGAGCAUCGGGCGGCUGGAGAGGCUGACGUCGCUCAACAUCAGCGCGAACCACUACCACCUGAAGGAGCUUCCGGAAACUCUUGGGAACCUGAGGAGCCUGGUGAAGCUGGAUAUCAGCGAGAACUACAUUAAGAUUCUGCCUAUCUCGUUUGUGAACCUGACGAGUCUGAAGAAGCUGUCGCUGCAGGGGAACCCAUGGCAGCACCCGCCUAUGGACGUGGCAAAUUCAGGCCUGCAGGGUGUGAUGGAUUAUCUGAAUCUGCACGAUAUUGUUGAGGAAUCGCAUGGAGGGCCCAAGAAGCUUGGAGGGCUGCUGGGAUUCUUCAGACAGAAGCAGAAGGAAGACCCAAAACUCGCUGCCUGGAAGAAAAAUACUCGCACAUUAUAG